AUCUUUUCCAUUAUGCCAAAAAUCGAAUGAUAUUGAUUUCAAAUUCAAAAGUGAGAAAAAUUGAAAGCAUAAAGUUGGAUUUUUUUUAAGUGAGAAAAACCUCAAAUUCACGAAAAUUCAUCAACAACAAUUCAAGAAUUCCUAAAAAAAUAAAUUUUUCAAAUUAUUAAAAAUACUUAUUUUUAUGUAAAUUAUUGUUGUCAAUUUUUGUGCUUUUUUAAUGACGUUUUUAAACAUUUUUGAAAUUAUUAUUCUGUGAGAAAAAAUUUUUCAAAUUUCUGAUUUUUUAAGCGAAGUUGAACAAUUUUUUUUAUUUAUUACCUACUUUAAAAAAAUUUUAUGCUUUUGCUUUUGAAUGUGAAGCAUCAUAAUAUUCAAAAUGUCCUUUGUCCAUGUUUCACACUUUUUCGAGGGAAUGAAAAAAUUUGGUACAUGUGUUCACUAAAUAAUGCCAAUGAUGCUGGCUAUCAACAAUAUACAUCUUUGACAAUUGCCUUUCGUCUCUCAUUGGCAAAAUAUUGACUGAUUUUGGACUAUUGCGUGCCACAGAGAGGUCGAGAAAAACCUAUUGAAAAAAAUCCCAGAGGCCGUUUUGGAAUUCGUGCCUUAUUUUUAUUAAAUUUUUUGAGAUUUGUUAAAUUAUGUGUGUUAUUUUGUGUUUUUUUUCAAUGUUUUGCAGCCAAUGUAAAUAGAAUUAGGUACCAAGAAAAAAGUUUAAAUUUUUAAAAUUGACCAUUAUUAGUUUCUUGUUUUUAUUCCCUUUUCCAAAAAUGUCUAUGUUUAUCUGUAGUUUUUGAAUUUUUCAUGUUUUUCCCCCAAUUUAAAAAAAAAAGUUUUAAUUUUUGUUUUGGAUGAGAAUUAUGGUGCCCUGUUAUGUGAAGCGUGAUAAAUUACACAAAAUAUUAUUUCAAAAAUUACAUCAAUAUGGAAAAUGCUUUCGGUGGAAGGACUCCUCACCAAGGGACUAAAAUAGUAUGAAGAACUAGAAGAGGUUUAUUCUUGAAAAUAGUAGUAAGAAUGAUAAUUUUUUUCAUUUUUUAAACCGUGGUAGUGGGGGGGGCUCUCGGUGAACCUUUUUUUUAAAUUUUAAACGAAAAUCAAAAGAAUAGAAGAUGAUAAUUUUAAAUUAUUCCACCAUUCCCAAAAAUGUUUUUUUUUUCUGCUGUUGUAUGAACUUUUUUGAUUUUCGAUAUCCUUUUCCAUUUUUUUUCAGGCUGUUUUGAUCUGGAAAAACAGACAAAUUUUUUUAAUUUUCUCUCAAAAAGCUCAUAACAUAUUUUACAAUUCGCAUAACAAAUUUAUGCAAUUGUUCAUUUGUUUUUUUUUUCUAACCAAACAUGCUUUUUGUUAUUGUAUUUUUAUUGGAAGAGAAUAUUUCAUAAUCGAGACUUCGAUCGAAAAAAUUAAAUCAGAAAAAUACAGUUUUUUGGACUGAUGAUGUUCUAGACUCUGUGGGAAUUCUUAAUUCCAAUAAAACUCUUUCGCAGAAAUCAUCAAACAACUUCUACGCAGUAUUCGCAAUAGUGCAAAUUACCUACCUAAUUAAAAACUGGCUUUUGUUAUUAAGGCUCAUUUCAAACUACUCGUACAACUGUUUUUCGUCGAAACGUGAGAAUAGACGAGUGUGCCAAUAAAAAUACCGGAUCAAGUUCAAGAAAGCGGUAAAGAAUGAGAGAAGGGGCGAUUCUGCAAUUUAAUAUUGAUAAAUUCGAUCUUCGGGUCUCGAAAAACUUGAUUUUUUUUGUUUUUUGAAAAUUUUACAUCAGUAUGAUUUUUGUAAAAGUGAAGUGUGCAUGCGGUUUGAAAAAAGGGAGUAAUUGAACAUCGAAUUGGGAUUCAGAGAGGGGUCAUUUCAUCUACCUACCUAAUAUGAAUUUGUGCGACUUUACUGGGAAAGCUCCCUCCUCUUUCCCAGUGCAUCGUUCAUGUUAGUCCAUAAAUCACGAAUUUGAUGUUACCUAGACCUAGACCUACUAGACCUAGACCUACCUACUGUUAUGACGCCAGUUCGAAUAAAAUAAUGAAAAAAAAAACGUAAUGAUUAUUCAUUUAUCUGCUUGUGACUUGUGCCUUAGUCAGAGAUGGAGUGGGAUGAGGGGUUUACUAAUUUAAUAAAACUAGAUUCGUUCGGCUCGUUAUACUACAUUGACGUAAACCGAACCUUGAAUGUAUCUCGUUGAGGAAUAUCCUGGAUAUGGGUAAAUCUGGUCUCAUCUACAAAGAUAGAUUAGGUAAUUGACAAUCUCACGGUUGGAUUGUACAAUACACACAUGUACGUAGACUGGUAGACUGCUGAGCUCGUGCCUCAUGAACACCAGUCACACGUACCUACGUAAAUGUACGAGUAUUUUAGUCGAACGUAUAAACACAAUACAAAUUGUCGUCGAUUUUAUCUCGUCUAUACUUCGUACGUAGGUAUAUUUGUAUUUUAAGCUUUACUUAUUAUUAUUUUGAAUAAUUGUCACGCUGAUGCGUUAUUUUGUCACGCUACGUUGUCUUUAAUAAUUUACCUAUUCACGAGUACCUCAAAUGAUUUGGUAGAAAAAACCAGUCAGCAUUAAGUGGUGCCUAAACCUAUGGAUUCUUACAAUUACCUACCUACCUAUAUUUGGUUUCUAUUUUGGUUGCAUCAUCUGGCAAUUUUUUUUUCUGAGAUUAUCUAUAGAUCAUAUCAUUAAUUGAUUAAUAGAUUAGCAAUUAUUUCUAGCUCAAAGUGAAAGUCUUAUCGGUUUCUUGAUGGGGGUUUCAAAUCCAGAAACAUCCAAAAAUACCGGUAUCAUGUAGAAAAAUGAAAAUAUUACGUAGGUAUAGCGUAGUGGAACAGAAGAGGAUACGUAGAGAAGGAGUUAUUUAUCGUCAGAGCUGGGUCUAUGUAAUUUUACUUCGAAAUUACUCGUUUAUUUUGUACAUGGUUGACAACAAACAGUAGGUAGCUGUAUUGAAACGAACAAGUUAAUCUUCAAAUUAGCGAUUCGAAAGUGUUCGCGAUUAUAAAAUUUAUUCGAACUUGGCCAUCGAGCAGGUUUUCACGUGAUAAUAAUGUUUAUUUUAUUGGGUUACUUUAAUCGUUGAGAUGUGCCGAUGAAUUUAUUGGUGGACGUGCAUUACUUAUUGAAAAGCAGCCAAAAUGCAAAAGCUGAUACCAUGCAAGAUUCCCAAAAGAUACGUGAUUGUGACGAUGGUGUUCAUCGGAUACGUGAAUUUUUACUAUUUGCAUACGAAUAUCGGAAUGGCUGUCGUAGAUAUGACGUCGAAUAAGAAAAUCACUCUUCAGAAUGGAACUAUUGUGAUGAAACCAGAAUACGAAUGGACUUCAGUUCAAAAAGCUUUAGUGAUCAGCUCGUUUGCAUAUGGACGGUUUUUUGGUCCUCUUGGAGCAGUAUUUGCUGGUAAAAUAGGCGGUAGCACAUUGUACUCGUUGGGUGUUUUUGGAGCUGCAGUUGUAACAUUUUGUAUGCCACUUUGUUUGUACGUGAAUUUCUACCUGUUUGUCUUGGGCAGCGCAUUGGCUGGUGGUUUCGAGGCCUGUGCUUAUGCUAGUGUAUCACAGCUGUGGUCUCGUUGGGCUCCUCCUGAUGAACGAGCCAAAUGUAUUUCUUUCAGUGUAAUCGGUAUCUACGGAGGAUCCAUUGUAUCUUUCCUACUAUCUGGUUGGAUACUUCAAGAAUGGGGCUGGGCAGUUCUAUUCUAUGCCAGUGGAUUAGCUACUUUGGUAUGGUUCUGGAUAUGGUUCUUGGUGGUGAAAAAUGAUCCUUCAGAAGACCUACGAAUGUCUCAGGAGGAACGUAACUACAUUAAAGAUAAAAUUAACGAUGAUUCGAAGACCAAAAGUUUGGUAUACCCUUGGAAAGAUAUGCUCACCUGUGUUCCUUUGUGGAUGGGAUGUUUGUGCAAGUUUUCCAUUGGUGCUGGGUAUACUUUUACAAUGAUGUAUUUACCUCAGUAUAUCAAAGAUACCAAUGAUAUAGAUAUCAAAGAAAUUGGAUAUUUUUCACUGAUCCCUCAAAUAUGCUCGGUGAUAUCUAUGCCGUUAGGAGGAUACAUAUUUGAUCGAGUUAGGUCGAAUAAAACUUUAUCUCUGACCAAUGCUCAUAAGUUGUACGCUUGUCUUGGUCUGUUUUCUGGCACAUUGGCUUUCUCAGUUACUGGAUUAUGGCCCAACUUUAUCGCCUGCAUAAUCUGUCUAUCCUUAUUCCAGUUUUUCAGCACUUGUACCAUAUUGGGUAUUCAAAUCUUGGUCCUUGACUUAGCUCCCAGGUACGCCGCGUUCAUGAAUUCUAUUACCAACUCUUCCUUCACAAUUUCCAGUAUUUUGACUCCAGUUGGGGUUGGAUUUGUGGUCACCUCUCAUAGCCAGUUGCAAUGGAGCUUUUGUUUCAUCAUAUUCAGUGCUUUGUUCGCUGUGAUUGGCCUAUUGUAUGCGAAAUUCGCAUCUGUCGAGUUACAAUUUUGGGCGAAUUAUUCGGCUGAACGUGAGAAAUGCCAAGAUGCUAAAACAAAUGGAAAACUUCCACAAUCAAUUUGUCCAUAAAUUUAAAUAUUGAAUGAGCAGCACGUUCUUAAGACUAUGGUGGGUGAUUAUGCAACUUGAUCAGCACUAAUGUUAAACAAGUUGCAUAAUUUUGAUUUGUCACGUAAGUUAUGCAACUUAUGUGACAAGUGUGUUGAAGAAGUUGCCAAGUUGGGUUUGGUAUUCAGCUGGUGCAACAUUUUUUGCAAGAUCGAGAAAUAAGGAUUGUAAUUGAUUCAUUCUGCACCAUCCUGAACUGAAACUGGAGUAAAUCUGACGAGGGAACCUCUUGAGGAGCCCGCCUUCGAUUUAAACGGGAUCGCGAUUACAAAUUGAUUUUUCAAUUUUUGGCAGCUAUUUAAAAAUUCAGAAUUUUUGCUUUGAAAUCAAAAUAAAUAAAUAAAUAAAUAAAUAAAACAAU